UUGUCACCAAACAUAUGAGUUUUCUUUUAGAAACUUUAUCUUAUUUUGUUAUCAAAUCACUGUCGGACUCUUUUGAAAAACAAACUCAACAAAUAGUCACAUAAGAGAGUUCCUACACAUUCAGCUCUUGUUUCUUUUCUCUUCAUCUUCAGUAAAUCGAUGCUCUUUGUUAAACAAGGCUUCUGCUCAUUCUUCGUUGCAUUCUUUAUUCUUCGUUCCCAAAUUUUUCAUCCAAAAUCAAAUUGGUUCAAUCUUCGUUUUCGUUCCCAAAUUUUCAUCGAUCUGGGAAAUUCUAUUCGAAUUUUUAGGUUUGAGGUUGUUCGAUUGAAAUUCAUUGCAACAUGGAUGUUGUUGAUUCGUGAGAUGUUGAAUUUUGUAGAUUUUGAAAUUCUGUUCUAGAUCGAUUGCUGUUGUUCAAUGGCGUCGGCUCAGGUGCUGCCGAACAACUCUGCUUCGUCUCGGAAGCAAGAGCAUCUGGAAGAUGGCAAGCGUCGGAAGCACUUUCUGAUUUAUCGGUCCAAAAUCAAGGUUCGGUAUCUUCGAUGUCUUCUGGUGAAGCGGUUCAGAAUUUCAAAGUUUUCGCUGCAACGUGGAGUGUUGGUGGUCAAUGCCCCAGCGGGAACCUUGAUCUUAGCGAUUUUCUUCAGUUGUGUAACAGGGCAAUUAUCAGGUGCAAUUGUUUGCAUAGAAGUGGAGGAAAUGAUCCUUGUCAUAUCAAAGGAAUCAUUUACAUGAUUUCCUUUGGUAUCUUGGAAAUCUUUCUGUCCCAAAUUCCAGAGUUGGACAGACAAUGGUGGUUCUUUGGAUUUGCGGCAGUAAUGUCAUUCACUUACUCAAUCAUUGGCCUUGGCCUUGGUGUGAGUAAACUUAUAGAAAACAAUGGUGAUAUCCAAGGAAGCUUGAGUGGAAUUGAUGUGAUACCAAGCCAAAAAUUUUGGACAGUUUUUGCUGCUAUUGGUAACAUUGCAUUUGGAUAUUCCUACUUCAUAAUUCUUGUAGAAAUUCAGGAGAAAAUCAAAUCCCCUCCACCACAAUCAAAAUCAGUCAAGAAUGCUAUGUUAAUCACGGUUGCCGUGACAACAAUGUUCUACUUGGUGUGAAAUCAGUAAUCAUGGCAGCAAAACAAGUCACUGUAGCUGCUAUAGAAACAAGUAGAAAAACAGCACUGAGCAUCCUGAGAAAGAUCCAUUUCUUACACCAUUUUUGGAUUUUCUCCUCACCAAUGUAGAUUUCCAAAGGAAAAUACAUAUUUAAAGGCCAAAACACCAAUGCUCCAAUCAGUCCCCCAACAUCAUUGAAGAAGGGGAAGAUAGUUGGUAGUAAGGUUGUCACUACCACAAAACUUGUUCUCGAAACCAAUCGGAAGCGGUUGAUUCUCAAAGGAGACGUCAUUGUUGGGAUUGAAAUUUUAACUUCUGCAUUGAUAAAUGCAUUGUGCGGGAAUAGUCGAGCCGUCGUUUCCUCCACGGCUGAGAAAAUCGGCUGAGAGAAUGUCUGAUAAGCCCCAGCUAAAUGCAAUAAGA